CACAAAAGGACGAUCUCUGGCGGAAUCCAACGUUUUGUUUAUUGCGAUCGACUCGGCAGUUGGCGAUGUUUCAUCGCUCCACAAUCGCGUGUUUCAACACCAACCAUCGAGCCAAACAGAGCAGCGAUGAACGAUUCCCCCGGUCCAUCCCAACUGUCGGUUUCAUCCGAUGUGCAAAAACGGCUUGAAGAUCUAACUUUCGCUUAUGCCGUGUAGUAUCGUCUCCUAUCUAGGGUCACUAUCUAUGUCUGCUCAAGAUGUAUAUAAGAAACUCCAAAAGUCAAUCGGUUUGGACCUUCACCCAACCAUCCACUCUCACUUCUCAACCCAGUCGCUCUUUUUCAAGCAAAAUCUCACCAAGUCACUCUUUAUUUAGUUACGUUUUUAUUCAUCAUGAAGUUCAGCCUUUUCUCCCUCGCUGCUCUGGCCGCUUCGGCCAUGGCUGCUCCUGCUGCUCAGGUUGCUGCUCGUCAGGUCCCAGCUGUCCCAGCUGUUGCUCCUAACGGUGCUGUCAGCCAGGUUGAGAGCAUCGCUACCUCUCAGACCGUCACCAAGACAGUUACCAAGAAGAUCACCGCUGUCAACGUCUCCAACACUGGCGGUGUUGUUAAGGUUCUCACCAUUGCUGUUGAGCAGGUCAAGAGCCAGACCACCACCAUCAAGGAGGUCAUCACCAAGGUCAAGUCCAACGCCAUCUCCAAGGCUGCCGCCGUCAAGGUCGUCACUGCCGAAGUCCACUCCCUCAACGUGCUCCUCACCGCCGUUGUCAACCAGCUCAAGGAUGUCGUUAGCAUCAAGAUCAACAUCCCCGACGUCAAGGUCAUUCUCGGCCUCGUCAUCCAACUUCUCCACGAGCUCGUCGGUGUCGCCAAGGAGGUCCUGAGCAUCCUUGGUCUCGACAACGUUAUCGGCAGCGCUUUCGAGCUCCUCUUCCAGACCGUCGCCACCCUCCUCGGCCUCGUCACACAGCUCAUCGGCGACAUCGUUCCCGGUCUCGUCGACAUCCUCUCCAACAUCCUCAACACCCUUUCGGGAACCCCUCUUGGACCCAUCAUCCAGCCCGUCUCCAACAUCUUCGAUGGCCUCACUGGCUACCUCACCCAGGGCACUGCUUAAGCGACACGUUCAAGAUAUGAGACCAGGGUAUGCGGGAUAUGCCCCUUAGAAGACAAAGGCAAGCAUAGAGGGAGUUUAGACAGUGGAUCUGGUUCAAAUCA